AUGUCAACCGAAUUGAUGCCUUCAUCUCGAGCUCGGGCCGCUCUUCACCAAGACCCUGUAGGGAAACUGAUGGAGGAGGUUAAACUCAAGCCUCAAUACCACCCCAUCUUGCGCCCGAACGGCAUGAUUAAUCUUUCCGGGGCUCUUAAUUCACUCAUGACAGAUUGGAUGGCUACAUAUUCUGAGAAAGAGCCAUUGUCUAUGUCUGAGUGCUUGUCAUAUGGUCCGCUUACUGGGUCUCAGGAUCUUCUCGAGGCUGCUGCUGGCUACUUUAACCGCUUCUUCAGCCCCUCUGAGCCUGUCCAUGCCGGGCAUAUCUUAGCAGCUAACGGCGUGACAUCACUCAUGGACAUGGUAGCGUGGACCUUGUGCGAUCCUGGUCAAGGUGUCUUGUACCUGACUCCGAAUUUCUUCAUGCUUAACUAUAACAUGACAGUACGAGCUGGGCUCACCACCAUCCCCGUUUCUACAGUUGACCUGUCCGAUCCCUUUGGCUCCAACGGUCUAUCUGAACUGAUUAGAGCCUUGGACAUAGCCUCUUGCUCAGCCCUCGAAGAUCGAGGAAUAGAGUGUCGCGUUCUAUUUCUCUGCAACCCCACGAAUCCCCAAGGCCGAUGCUAUUCCCCCCAGACGCUCGAGGGUCUGACCUCAUGGUGCGUUGGGAAAAGGAUGCAUCUCGUAGUCGAUGAGAUCUAUGCUAUGUCUACCCUGACAGACAACAAUAACAACGACGACGACGACGCCGACGCCGAUAUUACACCCUUCACUAGCAUCUUAUCUACCAGUAGCCAACAAAAUGUACACUGCCUCUACGGCAUGAGCAAAGACUUCAACAUGGGUGGUCUUCGAAUGGGAUUCCUCGUCACCAGAAACCCAGUCAUCAAGGCCGCCGCCUCACAAGCUGCGUAA